ACUUGUGACAACAACCUUUCGGAUGGUACGCUACUAUCUAUAAAAUGGCGUACAGAGAAGUUCUUCAUUCUUCUUCUGAAGAUGAAUCCAGUAGCAAUGAUGAUAUUUGUUGGAAGCGACGAAAAUCAGAUGUUCGAGCGUCACCAAUGAAAGAGGAUUUCAGUGUAAAUAUUCUCAAAAAACCAUCUAGAAAAAAUCGUAACUGUGUUUGGGUAAAUGUUAUUAACGAAUACAAAUUGGAUGAUGCUUUAUCAGUAGCUCAUGUCCAUGAAAAGCGUGACUUCAGCAGGGGUGUUGAAAGCUACUUGGUUAAUACAGAUACUGAUGAUGAACAGAAAACUAUGGAAGUAUGUACUCAACCAGAAUUAUCUAAAAGGGUGUUGAAAAAAUCAAAUCUCUCUAUCAAACAACAGCUUGGACCACUUCUAUGGGACCAGGAAGUAUCUAGAUCUCACAUAGAUGUUACUUUCGACAGUCCACCUGAUCUUGUUGCUGAAACUAUCAUCAAUUUAUUAAAAGAACCUAAUGAGGAUUUAAUAAAGCGAACUGUUGAUAUUCUGGGUGUUCAACGAGCCCUUGAAUUUUAUUACCUUACUGAAGAUAUUGAGAAUAAUGGAGGCCUAUAUUUGAUGGAUGGAUCUCGCAGACGAUCACCUGGUGGUGUUUACUUGAAUCUAAUCAAACAUUCUUAUUCAGUAAAGAAAGAAGAAAAGAAGUCAAUCUUUCUAAUUGAUAGACAAAUGAAAGAUAAAUUGAAAAGAGCUCGCAGAAAUUCACGUCGUGUAAGAAAACAUGAAGUGUCUGACAUUGUAUGUGAAAUUCCAAGUAAUCCAGUGAAAUCGAUGGAUUCCGAUUGUCCUCCGCUAGAUAUGCACAGUUCUCAAGAACCAGUUCUUUCGGAAGGUGAAAUUUCACAACCUUCUUCUCCUGUAAUUACAAUAGAUACAAUGUGUACAAAUCAAUUUAAAAAAUCAACUAACGAUAAUGAAAGUAUGGAAGAAGGUGAAUUACCUUCUAGCGAUGACGAUAUCUAAAUCUUUGUAUAAAAUCCUUUCGGUUUGAUGUUUUUUCACUAUUGAAAUGAAUAUAAAUAUAUAUUGAGUAAA